AUGGGUUUGUCUAACCAUUGGGUUAAACUGAUAAAUCAGUGUGUCUCUACAGUUUCCUAUUCUGUUCUUCUUAAUAGUAGCCCUACUGGUUUUUCUCCAACCUGGGAGAGCUUUCAUAAAAAUGGGACCUUAGAAGGCAUUAAAGUCUGUAAAGAGGCUCCUGAAAUGACUCAUCUUUUGUUUGCUGAUGAUUCUCUCUUGUUUUCUAAAGCUACUGAAAAAAACUUUCAUGCCAUAAAAGACUAUCUCCAAAAGUACUGCAUAGCUUCUGGGCAAGAAAUCAAUUUUGAAAAAUCUGGUAUUUUGUUUAGCAUGAAGAUUCCUGAACAUAAGAAAGCUAUUUUGGCCAAUACUUUGGAUAUCCAAAGCAUAGAUUUAGGAGAAAAAUAUCUUGGAACUUCCACUGUUUUCCAAGCCUCUAAAAUCCAGACCCAUAUGGGUAUUCUCCAAGCCAUUGAUGCCAGGAUUUCUAUCUGGCUUCAUAAGCUAUUAUCUCAAGCUGCCAGAACUACUCUUAUCAAGCACAUAGGCCAAGCUAUUCCUCUUUUUCAAAUGGGAGCCUUUCUUAUUCCUAAACACCUCUGUAAACAAAUGGAUUCUCACCUCUGCAAGUUCUGGUGGGGUGAAACUUUAGAUCCCAAGGAUAGAAAGCUGCACCUCCUUGGUUGGGAUAUCUUAUGCUCCCCCAAAGCUGGAGAAGUGUCUGCAUGCUAUCAAGGAACUUAUAAAACCUUUAUUUCCUGGAUUGUUGGGGAUGGUCAAUUCAUUUACCCAUGGUGUGAUAAAUGGAUCCCUUAUUUGGGUUCUGCCACACCCAACCCUCUUGUCCCUCCUGAUCCUAGUAUCAAAGUUGCUUAUUUUAUUGAUUCCCAAAUUAGAAGUUGGGAUGUGUCUAGACUUAACACCCAUUUUGAUAAUGCUUCUGUCCAGAAGAUUAUCUCCAUUUCCUUAAGCCAGCUUUGUACUCCUGACAGGAGGGUUUGGGAUCUUUCAAAGAAUGGCAAAUUUUCUUUUAAAUCUGCCUAUUUGGGGCUCAGAGGCAUUAGGCCUUCCCCUUGUAAAAAUCUUUGGAGGUGUAUUUUGAAAGUUAGAGUACCCUAUAGAAUUCAGGUCUUUCUUUGGAGAGCAUCUAGAAAUGCUUUGCCCUCCAGAAUUGUCCUUCACACUAGAAUGCCUAUGCAUGGUGUGGAUUGUCCUGGGUGUUCUGAUCCUCGGGAAACUAUUAUGCAUGCUUUGGUCUCUUUCCCCUUUGCUAAUAAGUUUAAACUGCCUGAGGAUGAUCAAUGUCUCUUUGUGGCUAUCAUAUGGUCUCUCUGGGCCAGUAGAAAUAACCUCAUUUACCGAGGAGUUAAGGAGAACUUCACUGCUGUCUUAGCUAGAGCUAGAGCUAUGCUUCUCACUAGGAAGUCUAGGAAUCCUAGUCUGACUAUCCUCACUACCAUGCUUGUCAUUAUUUGUGAUAAAUGGAUCCCCCCUCUUUUGGUUAGAUUAAAUGUAAUAUUGAUGGUGCCUUUGAUAUUGUCUCUGGAGCAAAUGGUGCAGGCUCAUGAGCUUGCUCUGUGGGAUAAGCAAAACAAUUCUACCAUGUACUGGUCUAAACCCCCUGUUUGGAUUCUUCCAACAGUUGAGGAGGACCAUUAG